AUGAAGAUUACACAUCUUUCCUACGCUGAUGACCUCCUUCUUCUGUGCCAUGGAGACAUUACUUCUCUUUCAAUUUUGAAAUCAACCCUUGAUCACUUUUGCAGCAUGUCUGGUAUUGACAUAAAUCUCUCCAAAAGUAAUGUAUUCUUCUCUGGAACUCAUCCUUACACUCAAUCACAAAUCACAUCACUGUUUAGUAUUGGUCUAAGCACCCUCACAGUGAAGUAUCUUGGUGUCCUACUCAUUUUCACAAACUUAAAGGCACAACAUUGCAGCAUACUUAUUGAGAAGAUCACAAAUAGAAUCACAUAUUGGUCUGCAAGAUCACUUUGGUCGACUUCAGCUCAUAAAAGCAGUCUUGGUUUCAACACAAAUCUAUUGGUCAAGCCUUUUCAUCCUCCCAAAGAGAUGAAGACUAGUGGAGCAAAAGUUACUUGGGAGAUGGUAUGCAAACCUAAGAAGGAAGGUGGCCUUGGCAUCCCAAAUUUGGAGCUCACCAAUAAAGCUGAUAUCCUAAGGUAUAUUUGGACCUACAAACCAAUGAGAGCAACAGGUUGUGGGUCACUUGGUGUAACACAAACCUCAUUAAGUCAAGGAACCUAUGGACCCUCAAGAUUCCUCAGCCUUGCUCUUGGAGUUGGACGAAGAUUCUACAGCUCAGGCAUCCUGCAAGGCUAA